AUGGCGCCCGCGCCAAUCCAAGUCCCGUCGAGGGACGGCGCAUCGCUCGCGGCGCCAACGGCGCACAUGGCGACUACGACCCUCAAGGUGGAGGGAAUGACUUGCGGCGCAUGCACCUCGGCUGUUGAAGCAGGCUUCAAGGGUGUCGAUGGAGUUGGCAGCGUCUCGGUCAGUCUGGUCAUGGAGCGGGCGUUGGUGAUGCACGAUCCCCGAAGGAUAUCGGCCGAUAGGAUACGAGAGAUUAUCGAAGACCGCGGAUUCGACGCCGAAGUCUUGUCGACAGACCUCCCCUCGCCCGUCGCACCUUGCUCCUCCUUCGGCGCGGUUUCCACCGACGAUGGCCCAGCUACGAUGGUUACCACGGUUGCCAUCCAGGGCAUGACCUGUGGCGCAUGCACAUCGGCGGUGGAAGGGGGUUUCAAGGAUGUUUCGGGGGUCAAACACUUCAGCAUCUCGUUGCUCUCCGAAAGAGCCGUCAUCGAACAUGAUCUGUCGCUUUUGACCGCCGAGGCCAUUUGCGAGAUCAUUGAAGACAGAGGUUUCGACGCUCAGGUCGUUGAGAGCAGUGAAAAGGAGCCAGAGGCCAAGGUGGUGCCGGAAGGCAUGCGGACUGCGUCGACCGCCACGACCACUGUAGCGAUCGAGGGGAUGACAUGCGGGGCAUGCACCUCCGCCGUUGAAGAAGGGUUCAGAACCGUCAGUGGUGUCCUACGCUUCAACAUCAGCUUGCUGGCGGAACGGGCAGUCAUCACACACGACCCUGCGAAACUGCCGGCGGACAAAAUCAUCGAGAUAAUCGAGAACCGAGGGUUCGAUGCCAAGAUUCUUUCGACUACCUUCGACUCAGUGGACCACGCCAGUGGCACAUCGACGGCGCAGUUCAAGGUCUAUGGGGCACUGGACGCGGUCGCCGCCAAGUCGCUCGAAGAGGAGUUGAAAACACUUCCAGGCGUAAACAGCGCAAGAAUCGCACUCAGCACGUCCCGGCUAACGGUAGUCCAUCUGCCCAACGUGACAGGUCUGCGAGCCAUCGUUGAGACUGUCGAAAGCGCCGGGUUCAACGCCUUGGUUGCAGAUAACGACGACAACAGCGCCCAACUUGAAUCGCUUGCGAAGACCCGAGAAAUCAAUGAAUGGAGGGGGGCUUUCCAAAUUUCGGCUUCUUUUGCCGUUCCCGUCCUCCUCAUCAGCAUGAUCAUUCCCAUGUUCCUGCCUGCUUUAGAUUUCGGCUCCAUUAGACUUAUCCCCGGGAUAUACCUCGGCGAUAUCAUCUGUCUGGUUCUCACGAUACCCGUACAGUUCGGUAUAGGACGGCGGUUCUACAAAUCAGCCUGGAAGUCAAUCAAGCACGGCUCUCCUACCAUGGAUGUCCUAGUCGUCCUCGGCACGUCCUGCGCGUUCUUCUUCAGCAUCAUGGCCAUGCUCGUUUCUCUCCUGUUUCCCCCUCAUACCAGGCCAAGCACAAUUUACGACACGAGCACGAUGCUCAUCAGCUUCAUCACCCUUGGUCGGUUCUUGGAGAACCGCGCAAAGGGCCAGACGUCGAGGGCGCUUUCGCGUCUGAUGUCCCUUGCUCCGUCGAUGGCUACAAUCUACGCUGAUCCGAUCGCUGCUGAAAAAGCCGCGGAGGGAUGGAGCGAGGCCAGCGAGGACGAGUCGAAGCAACCCUUGGACGGCAAUGCUGCUGAGGAGAAGGUGAUCCCCACCGAGCUCAUCCAAGUGGGUGACAUUGUAAUUCUCCGACCAGGAGACAAGAUCCCAGCAGACGGUGUUCUGGUCAGGGGGGAGACCUAUGUGGACGAGAGCAUGGUCACCGGCGAGGCCAUGCCAGUUCAGAAGACGAAGGGAAGCUUUCUCAUCGGUGGCACCGUCAAUGGUCAUGGAAAGGUCGACUUCCGCGUCACGCGGGCUGGCCGCGACACCCAGCUCAGUCAGAUCGUGAAGCUGGUGCAGGACGCACAGACAAACCGCGCCCCUAUUCAACGUCUGGCCGAUAUCCUGGCGGGCUACUUUGUCCCGACGAUUCUGUUCCUGGGCCUCAUGACUUUCCUGGUAUGGAUGGUGUUGAGCCAUGUUUUGCCGCACCCGCCCAAGAUCUUCUUGGAGGAUGCGAGCGGCGGCAAGAUCAUGGUUUGCGUGCAGCUGUGCAUCUCCGUCAUUGUUUUCGCAUGCCCUUGCGCCCUUGGUCUUGCCACUCCCACGGCUGUCAUGGUCGGCACUGGAGUCGGCGCAGAGAACGGCAUUCUGGUCAAAGGCGGAGCGGCUUUGGAAACCAUGACGAAGAUUACCCAGGUUGUUCUUGACAAGACGGGCACUCUCACAUACGGAAAGAUGAGUGUGGCCAAGGCCACCCUCGCCUCGCCCUGGCAGGACACCGACUGGCGCCGGCGAUUGUGGUGGACUAUCGUCGGCCUCGCUGAAAUGGGUAGCGAGCACCCCAUCGGCAAAGCAGUUCUCAACGCUGCAAAGACAGAAGUCGGCCUUGGACCUGAGGCCACGCUUGAAGGCAGCAUUGGCGACUUCUCGGCGGCCGUAGGCAAGGGUAUCAGCGCAUAUGUCGAACCAGCAACAGCCACCGAGCGAGCCCGCUACAAAGUCCUGAUUGGCAACGUCUUCUUCCUUGAGCAAAACGGCAUCAGCGUGCCGCAAACCGCCGUCGACGACUCGGAACAAGUCAACGCAGCCCGCUCCACCAAAUCCUACGCCGGCACAACCAACAUCUUCAUCGCCAUCGACGGCGCCUAUGCAGGCCACCUCUGCCUCUCUGACACCAUCAAAGAGGGCGCCCGCGCCGCCAUCAUGGUCCUCCACCGCAUCGGCGUCCGCACGGCCAUGGUGACGGGCGACCAGCGCAGCACGGCGCUGGCCGUGGCCUCGGCGGUCGGCAUCCAGCCCGACGACGUCUACGCGGGCGUGUCGCCGGACCAGAAGCAGGCCAUCAUCCGGCAGCUGCAGGGCGCCGGUGCCGUCGUGGCCAUGGUUGGCGACGGCAUCAACGAUAGCCCGGCCCUGGCGACCGCCGACGUCGGCAUCGCCAUGAGCUCGGGCACUGACGUCGCCAUGGAGGCGGCCGAUGUCGUGCUCAUGCGCCCCAACAAUCUGAUGGAUAUCCCCGCCGCGCUGAGCCUGGCGAGGACUAUCUUUAGGAGGAUCAAGAUGAACCUUGCGUGGGCGUGCAUGUACAAUGCCAUUGGAUUGCCGUUUGCCAUGGGCGUGUUCUUGCCGCUUGGUUGGCACAUACACCCCAUGAUGGCGGGCGCGGCGAUGGCGGCCAGUAGUGUCAGUGUGGUGGUGAGCAGUUUGUUCCUGAAGCUUUGGAAGAGGCCCAGGUGGAUGGAUGACGUGGAGGCGGAGGUGGAGGAGAAGGGGGGUGUGGUGAGGAAGGGGAAGGGGUGGGGGUUGCUUGGGAGGGUAUGGGAGGCGGUUGGCGGGUUGGUGGGGAGGACGAAGAAGAGCGAGGGGUAUGUACCGCUGGCGACGCUCGAU